GCCCCGCCCUGUCGCCGCAGCCCAUUGUGCACUAAAGCUGCCUUUCUCGUUCCGCAUUCCUGUUGUCCUGUUUGUUCGAUUGGCGUCCAUUGUUGGCUUUUCAGCAGUAUAGCUCGACAAAAUGUCGCGGGUGUAUAUCGGAAGGCUGAGCUAUCGGGCCAGGGAAAAGGACGUCGAGAGGUUCUUCAAGAGCUACGGCAAGAUUCUGGAAGUCGACCUAAAAAACGGGUAUGGGUUUGUUGAAUUUGAUGACCCGCGCGACGCCGACGAUGCGGUGUAUGACUUAAACGGGAAGGAGCUGUGCGGCGAGCGUGUGAUUGUGGAGCACACCAAAGGACCCCGUCGGGAUGGAGGCUACAGUGGCGGCGGAGGUGGUGGAGGAGGGCGAGGAAGCAGUGGUUACGGAGGACGUUGGGGCCGAGACCGCUAUGGUCCACCUAUUAGGACGGACUAUAGGCUCAUUGUUGAGAAUCUGUCCAGCAGGUGCAGCUGGCAGGACUUAAAGGAUUAUAUGAGGCAAGCAGGGGAGGUGACUUACGCUGACACACACAAGGGCCGAAAGAACGAAGGGGUCAUCGAGUUCAGGCUCUACGCUGACAUGAAGCGGGCUCUGGAGAAGUUGGACGGCACGGAGGUCAACGGCAGAAAGAUCCGCCUCAUCGAAGACCGCCCCGGAGCUAAACGCCGCCGCUCCUAUUCUCGCAGCAGAAGCCGAUCCAGGUCCCGCUCCAGGAGCCGCAGGUCCCGCAAGAGCCGAAGCCGCAGUGAAAGCAGCAGCCGCAGUCGCUCCCGCUCCAGGCCUGCGUCUCGCUCCCGCAGUCACUCCAACAGCAAGAAGAGUAAAGGAAAGGACAAGACGGAAGAUGAGCGCGGCAGCGAAGACCAGAAGGAAAAAGACCUGAGCAGGAGCCGCAGCCCCAAAAGCAAAAAGAGCAAGAAAGACGACUCAAGGUCCAGAUCCAGGUCUCGCUCCCGUUCCGUCUCCAGGAAGUCCGAAUCAAAGGGUCGUGACCCUCCCAAGAGCGACGAGGAGGCAGGCGAACAGGAGCGGGGCUCUCGCUCCUGCUCCCCCGCUGAUUCAAAAUCCAGAGCCAGAUCUAAAUCGAAAUCCAAAUCGAAAUCCAAGUCAAAGUCUAAAUCAAAGUCCCGCUCCCCUUCCCCCGUCAAAGAGCGUUCUCGCUCUCGGUCCGCUUCCCGUUCAGUGUCUCGCUCCAAAUCCCGUUCCCAGUCCCGCUCUCGUUCCCGCUCGUAGUUGAGAUUUUUGGACUGGCCAUCACCUCGUAGUGUCCCCAUCUUCCUCCCCUUUGACAUUUCCCCAAACCCUCACAAGGCUACUUCCAGUUUUUGAUAAGUAGCUAUACAUCCCAGAUGCUUGCUCUUGAUGUCUUGUGCAGAGGCUUGUCUUUUUUUUUUUUUUCUUUUACACAUUUUUAGUCUUUUCAAACUAGCAGACUUUUUUUUUUUUAAAGUUGCAGUCUGUGAUUCUCAGCUCGAUAGGUUGGUGGUAUGCAUUUUGGCCCAUUUUUUUUUCCUCAAAUACAGAAGCUCAUCCUGUACCCCUGUACUUAAUUUGAAAGCUGUGAUAUUUAAUUUGAAAUUUAAAAAAAAAAAAAAAAGCCUCCUGAUUGUGUUUUGAUUUAUGGUCCCUGUAGUUUGUCAGCAGUUUGUCUUUUCUGUGAUUUGUAAUGAAAAAUGACUACUGCUUUCAAAUAAAAUCUCACAACUGAUUU